AUGUACAGUACCGCAGUGGUAGCUACGAGAGAAUUGGGAUACGACAUCUCACCAGAACGAAAACAGCAAAAACAACCUAAAUGGAAAAUAAGACUCAAAUGGAAACUGGGCCAACUCAGAGCAGACUUAAGUUGCAUUAAAAAGUGGAAAGACGGAAAACUGAAUGACCAAAGGAAAAAAGAUUACCUAUGGCACAAAUAUAAAAUGGCGGAAAAGCGCAUACCCACAGUAAUGGAAGAACUUAAGCAGCGCAUAAUGGCAACAGCAAACAAGAUCGAAAGAUACGAGCGACGAAUUGUCCAGUAUAGACAGAAUCAGCUUUUUAAAACAGACCAAAAAAGAUUUUACAAGUCAUUAGAAAACUCCAACACAGGCAAACAAAACCUGCCAGACAAAGAAGCCACAUACGGGUUCUGGAGAGACAUAUGGGAUAACAGCACUAAACACAACGGAGAAGCAAAAUGGAUUAAGGACACCAAAAAACAAAUGAAAACCCCAAAAAUGCCAGAGUUCCAGAUCACCACAGAACUAGUUAAGAAGCAGGCUAGAAAAUCUAAGAACUGGAGCACCCCAGGACCAGAUGAAAUACAUGGCUACUGGCUGAAGCACCUAACAAAACUACAUGAAAGACUUGCCGGACAAUUCAACACUGUAUUGGACGACCCAACAGACUACCAAUGGCUAACCUUAGGAAAAACGUUUCUUAUCAUGAAAGAUCCCCAAAAAGGUGCAAUUCCAAGCAAUUACAGACCAAUCACGUGUCUUCCAACGACAUUUAAAGUGCUGACGGGUAUAUUAGGAGAGGCAAUAUAUGCACACCUAACAACAAACAACCUAUACCCAGUGGAACAAAAAGGAAGCUGUAAACAAACCAGAGGUACAAAGGAUCAACUAUUAAUCGACAAGAUGGUAUUAAAAAACUGCAGAAGAAAGCAAACAAACCUGCAUAUGGCUUGGAUAGAUUAUAGAAAAGCUUUCGAUUCUCUACCGCAUAGCUUGGAUCCGGGAAUGCCUGAAUAUUUACGGUAUUAG